GGCUUGGCCGGAUCCCCUGGGGCGUUCCGUGCAGCAGUUGGGGACCAUUGCUGUGGGAGGAGUUACGGUCUCACCGUGGAAACCGCGGCGCCUCCGCUGCCCCUCCUCGCUGGCCUGGGGAGUGUGGUGGCCUAGGCUGAGAGUGCUUAACCCGAGUACCCGAAAGUAGCAGCCGGCCUCUCAGCCGCCGCUGCCGCCGCCGCCAUGCAAGGGGAGGACGCCAGAUACCUCAAAAGGAAAGUUAAAGGAGGUAACAUUGAUGUACAUCCAUCAGAAAAAGCACUUAUUGUUCAGUAUGAAGUAGAAGCUACCAUUCUUGGAGAAAUGGGUGAUCCUAUGUUGGGAGAACGAAAGGAAUGCCAAAAAAUUAUUCGUCUAAAGGGUCUCAAUGCCAACACAGAUAUAACUUCCCUAGCACGGAAGGUGGUUGAAGAGUGUAAACUUAUUCACCCCUCAAAACUAAAUGAAGUAGAACAGCUGUUGUACUACCUGCAGAAUCGUCGGGAUUCAUUGUCGGGAAAAGAAAAAAAAGAAAAAUCAAACAAACCUAAAGAUCCACCACCUUUCGAAGGAACAGAGAUUGAUGAAGUUGCCAACAUUAAUGACAUGGAUGAAUACCUUGAAUUGUUGUAUGAAGAUAUUCCUGACAAGGUUCGGGGUUCUGCUUUGAUUCUACAGCUUGCUCGAAAUCCUGAUAACUUGGAAGAACUACUAUUGAAUGAAACUGCCCUUGGUGCACUAGCAAGAGUCCUGCGAGAAGACUGGAAGCAAAGCGUUGAGUUAGCUACAAACAUAAUUUACAUCUUUUUUUGCUUUUCCAGCUUUUCUCAGUUUCAUGGAGUAAUCACCCACUAUAAAAUUGGAGCUCUGUGUAUGAAUAUCAUUGAUCACGAGUUAAAAAGACAUGAGCUUUGGCAAGAAGAACUUUCUAAGAAGAAGAAGGCUGUUGAUGAAGACCUUGAAAACCAAACUUUGAAAAAGGAAUAUGAGAAAACCUUUAAAAAGUACCAAGGGCUUGUGGUAAAACAAGAACAGCUUCUGAGAGUUGCUCUUUAUUUGCUUCUGAAUCUGGCUGAAGAUACUCGUACAGAACUGAAGAUGAGGAAUAAGAAUAUAGUUCAUAUGUUGGUGAAAGCUCUUGAUCGGGACAAUUUUGAGCUGCUUAUUCUAGUUGUAACAUUCUUAAAGAAACUCAGCAUUUUUAUGGAGAAUAAAAACGAUAUGGUGGAAAUGGAUAUUGUUGAAAAACUGGUAAAACUGGUACCAUGCGAGCAUGAAGAUUUGUUAAAUAUCACUCUCCGGCUUUUGCUAAACCUGUCCUUUGACACAGGACUGAGGAAUAAGAUGGUACAAGUGGGACUUCUUCCAAAACUCACGGCACUCCUAGGCAACGAAAACUACAAACAAAUAGCAAUAUGUGUGCUUUACCACAUAAGUAUGGAUGACCGCUUUAAAUCAAUGUUUGCAUACACUGACUGUAUACCACAGUUAAUGAAGAUGCUCUUUGAAUGCUCAGAUGAACGAAUUGAUUUGGAACUCAUUUCUCUCUGCAUUAAUCUUGCUGCUAAUAAGAGGAAUGUACAGCUGAUCUGUGAAGGAAAUGGGCUGAAGAUGCUCAUGAAAAGGGCUCUGAAGUUCAAGGAUCCAUUGCUGAUGAAAAUGAUUAGAAAUAUUUCCCAACAUGAUGGACCAACCAAAAAUCUGUUUAUUGAUUACGUUGGAGACCUUGCAGCCCAGAUCUCUAAUGAUGAAGAAGAAGAGUUUGUGAUCGAAUGUUUGGGAACUCUGGCAAAUUUGACCAUUCCAGACUUGGACUGGGAACUGGUUCUUAAAGAGUACAAGUUGGUUCCAUACCUCAAGGAUAAACUAAAGCCAGGUGCUGCUGAAGAUGACCUUGUUUUGGAAGUGGUUAUAAUGAUUGGCACUGUAUCUAUGGAUGAUUCUUGUGCAGCAUUGCUGGCUAAAUCUGGAAUAAUCCCUGCCCUUAUUGAAUUACUAAAUGCUCAGCAAGAAGAUGAUGAAUUUGUAUGUCAGAUAAUUUAUGUCUUCUACCAGAUGGUUUUCCACCAAGCUACAAGAGAUGUCAUAAUCAAGGAAACACAAGCUCCAGCAUAUCUCAUAGAUCUGAUGCAUGAUAAAAAUAAUGAAAUCCGAAAAGUCUGUGAUAAUACACUAGAUAUUAUUGCAGAAUAUGAUGAUGAAUGGGCCAAGAAGAUUCAGAGGGAAAAGUUUUGUUGGCAUAACUCUCAGUGGCUGGAGAUGGUAGAGAGUCGUCAAAUGGAUGAGAGUGAGCAAUACUUGUAUGGUGAUGAUCGAAUUGAGCCAUAUAUCCACGAAGGAGAUAUUCUAGAAAGACCUGACCUUUUCUACAGCCCAGACGGAUUAAUUGCCACUGAAGGAGCCAUAAGUCCAGACUUCUUCAGUGACUAUCACCUUCAGAAUGGAGAUGUAGUUGGACAGCAUUCGUUUCCUGGCAGCCUGGGAAUGGAUGGCUUUGGCCAGCCAGUCGGUAUUCUUGGACGCCCUGCCACAGCUUAUGGAUUCCGCCCUGAUGAACCUUACUACUACAGCUAUGGGUCUCAAUAAAAUCAUCGCUUCCUGUGUUUGCUCUCAGAUUAGAAGACAUUUUUGUGGUUUGGGCUAACUUUGACCUUGACCUCAUAAUGCAUGUUGAUCCUGUUAUGGCUGUGUGUUUCUUACUUUUCCGUUUGCUCCAGAUCGACUCCAGUGUCUUCAGUCUUCGGUUGAAUACAGUUGAUUCCAAUACACUCUCCAGCCACAUCCUGAUGCUAAAUAAAAUUUUCCGUGACACUCAAAAGAGAAAGCUGAAAAGCUGUCAGUCUGGAAAACCAACACUGUGUACAUCAAGUGGCAGGUCUGACCUUGAGGAACCGGGCAGGCUUCCAUCUGAGAAAUUAACCCAGAGAUCUGGUUUUGUUUUUUAUUUUUUGUUUUGUGUCUCUUCAAAAAUACACAAAGAUCUUAAAAGCAUGUAGUACAUCUUAAAUGAUUAUGGAUAACUCAGUGUCUUUAUCUGUAAUUUAUAUUUUAUGAACUUGGGACCAAUAUAAGGUGAAAGAUUAUAGAAAGUUGAUUUUUCUGUGUGUUCCUCUAAAUGUAAGUUAAAGAGACGACACCUUAUAUUUGAUUUUACAAUGAGAGAAAAUGAACAAAAUCCCAUCUAGCAAUCUAUGGCCCAUCCCUCUUUUCCCCUUAUGACUGUUGCUGUUUAUAAGUCUGUAGUGGUAACGAACAGGAGAAAGUACAAAAUAGCUUAAAGUAUUAAAGGAAAUGCAGUGAUGCCUCAUUUCACAAAUGCAGAAGCAUUUGGCAAGAUUUGACUUCCAUUUGCAAACUCCACGUCAGGUGGCAGGCGACUGGAGAGAAUUAACUUCAUGAACCAAGGCACCAACCUACUCUUGCCUCACAUAACAAAAAGGAAUGCUGAUAAUCCAUAGGGAAAGUUCUGACUAAUCUAUUUAUGGCUAUAAACCUAGAAAUAAGAAAAUGAUUAUUAUAAUUCAGCUUGGCCAAGGUAUCUUAAGAGUAUGUUCUGACUUAAUGUAAUUGUUUUAUAUAUGGUGUACAUUUUGUUUGUCCAUUUGCCUGUUAAUGUUUUUAAUAGCUUGCAGUUGCUUCAAUAAAAAUAAAUUUGGAGUUCUUAUCAA